AUGCUUUUUGUUCAUUACUUUCAGAAACGGUUACCUGUUAAACAAGUCAUUGAAUCUUCUCAAGAGUUGGCUAAUUCUACUGCAGAUGCUCGUGGAAGGCAUGCUGCAGCUGCUGGUUCUGUUACUACAACAAACACUUCAACGGCAGCUGCACACACUUCUAAUUCUACCAUUCCACAGGCUGUAGAUGAUUCACUUAUUGCUGCAACUUGGCAAGAUGGCCCUUAUGCUUUCUUCUUUAAUAUUCAAGCAGAAAAAGACUUUACAGCUGAAGUGACAAUUCAGAUGGUAGGAAAACAUGGUUUUCUUUCUGCAAAUGAAUGGCCAUUACUGUUGUUUUUUGGCAUUAUGGGUCUUGUUUACAUUCUUUAUGGUGUUGUCUGGUUGUUGUUACUUGCCUGUAAUUGGAGAGAUUUACUACGCAUUCAGUUCUGGAUUGGUGGAGUCAUUUUACUUGGGAUGUUGGAAAAGGCUGUAUUCUAUGCAGAAUAUCAAAGUAUAAGCAGUACUGGAGUCUCGGUUCGUGGUGCAGUGAUAUUUGCUGAGCUGGUUUCCUGUUUGAAGAGAAUGCUUGCAAGAAUGUUAGUGAUUAUUGUAAGCUUAGGAUUUGGAAUUGUCAAGCCACGACUUGGACUUACUUUUCACAAAGUCUUGUGUGUGGGAAUUUUGUACUUUAUUUUGGCAUCAAUAGAGGGCUGCUUACGAUCCCUAAAGCCCAAGAGUGACCAAUCAAAAGAACUGAUGCUGGCAAAUGUCCCAUUAGCCAUUGUUGAUGCAGCAAUUUGUUGGUGGAUCUUUUCUGGCCUGGUGCAAACAACUAGAACACUUCGAUUAAGAAGGAACAUUGUUAAACUGUCGCUGUAUAGACAUUUUACUAAUACCCUUAUAUUUGCAGUAUUAGCUUCCAUAACAUACAUGGCUUGGUCCAUAACACAACACAAACUGAAAUUUUGCCUCACAGAUUGGCGAGAAUUGUGGGUUGAUGAUGCGUUUUGGCACUUGUUAUUUUCGGUUCUCCUUUUGGUUAUUAUGAUUCUGUGGAGACCUUCUGCAAAUAAUCAAAGGUAUGCAUUUUCUCCACUACUUGAUGCUGAAGAAGAAGAGGAGGAAGAAGACACUAUUAUGAAUGAUGCAUUUGAUGGCAUGAAAAUGCGUGGUGCUAAGCCAGUUACUAAUGGGUCCCCAAAGCAGAAGGAAGUGAAAAAUAAAGCUGAAGAUGACCUUAAAUGGGUGGAAGAUAAUAUCCCAACAUCAGUUACAGAUAAAGCAUUGCCCAGUCUGCUGGAUUCAGAUGAAGAAAUCAUGACAACAAAGUUUGAAAUCUCCAAGAUGGAGUAG